AUGCUGGGUGCAUUGGGUGCCAUCGGCCUCGGCUCGUGGGGUCCCUGGACCCCCUGGACCUCCUGCUCAGUGACCUGUGGGGAGGGCACAGCCCUGAGGGGCAGGAGCCUCAGCCCCAUAGACGGACAGGAGCAGAGGGACUGGGAGCUGAGGGCCUGUGAGGAGCAGUGCUGCCCUGAGCCCGGGGGCUGGACCACGUGGUCGCCGUGGGGCAGCUGCUCGGUCACGUGUGGGGCAGGGACGCAGGGGCGGAGCCGCGCAUGCGCUGACCCCGCCCCCCGCUGCGGGGGGGGCUGCGGAGCUGGAGGGGCCGAGGAGAAGAGGGAGUGUGAGGGGGAGACACCAACGUGUCCUGUUGACGGCUCGUGGGGCCCAUGGGGUCCGUGGGGCUCCUGCAGCGUCACGUGCCGGGGGGCGGGGCCGGGCCCGGCGCGCAUGCGCAGCCGCCGCUGCGACUCCCCCCCCCCCCUCCGCGGAGCCUCCCGGCCGCGCAUGCAGGACGGCGCCUGGGGGGCGUGGUCUGAGGCCACGCCCUGCUCGGUGACGUGCGGGCUGGGCGUGGUCACGCUGCGGCGCGCCUGCGACGCCCCGCCCCCUAGGCACGGCGGCCGCGGUUGCCAAGGCAACAGCACCCGGCGCAUGCUCUGUGGGCCGCACGGGGCGUGUCCAGAGGAGCAGCAUUGGGGUCUAUGGGGCGCAUGGACCCCCUGCGAGCAGCGGCCAUGGGGCUCCAUAAGCUGUGGGGCUAUGGUGGGAAGGCAGCGACGGACCCGACAAUGUGUGGGGCUGAGGCCUGGGGGUCCCCCCUGCCCCAUAGAUAAUGGGGUCAGCACCAUCCAGCUCCGGGCCUGCUAUAAUGUGCAUCAAUGCAUCUUGCCUGGGAACUGGUCAGACUGGAGCCCAUGGGGCCUCUGCACCCCCCCAUGUGGGGCCAGCCCCACACGGAAGCGGGUCCGGGAAUGUCAGCCCAUAUAUCCCCCUUACCCGUAUGUAUAG